AUGUCGUCGGUGCUCAUUGUGGGAGCCACCCGAGGCCUGGGCGCUUCUCUCACCAAGAUGUAUGCCCAACAGGACGGUACCACCGUGUACGGAACAACUCGGUCAAAUAAGACCCCUGCCGAUUUCCCCGGGAAUGUCAAAUGGAUUCAGAAUAUUGAUCUCAUGGAUUCAAAGGCCGCCGACGAGCUGGUCGCCCAGCUCAAGGGGGCCAGGACACUCGACAGUGUGAUCAUCACCGCAGGUUUCUUCCACACAGAAGACUUGAGCCUCAAGAAGGGUCCGAACUGGGACGACGAGGUCAGAAUGUACACGACAAGCUCCAUCGCACCCGUCUUCAUCGUGCACCGUCUUCUCCACGCCGGCCUCCUCAAGGCCAAGUCCAAGAUUGUCUUCGUGUCCUCAGAGUCCGGAAGUAUCACUCUACGCCAUGAAGUCGAGGGCGGUGGCAACUACGCACACCAUGCCAGUAAAGCGGCCCUGAACAUGACCGCGAAGCUGCUGAGCAUGGAUCUCAAGGGCAGAGAUAUCAUUGUCUCAACCGUUCACCCCGGCUUCAUGAGGACGGAGAUGACAAAGGGCGUGGGAUUCGAUAAGUACUGGGACGAGGGAGGCGCUGUGACACCCGACGAAGCUGCUCGGAGCCUCGUGAACUGGAUCGCGGAUCUCGAUAUCAGUAAGACCGGCCAGUACUGGGCACCAAGGGGAGCCGGAGACAUCGGCACUGCCGAAGCCGUCUUGGGAAAGAACCUCGCUGUCCCUCUUCAGCUUCCUUGGUGA